CUGGCAGGUGCGGGCUGUAGGGGCCCGAAAUUAGGGGCUACCAGGCCGUGCGGACCGCUAGUCCCACCACUCUCUCCGCCCCGCGGCAGCCGGAAUCGGGCUUCUGCUUCCCAGCCCGCGGCUCCCCCACCACCUCGCUCCCCACCACUCCCCCGGCUUUCCGGGAUCCGAAUUUGGAGGCCCCUUAAAGGGUCCCCGUUGCUCUUCGUCCGGUCCUGCAGAACGGAAGUGGGAAUCCUGGACUUCGGUUCCAGACGGUGGAGAUCGGGAUGGCUUCCGUGCUGAUCCGAGAAGCCAAGGAGGGAGACUGUGGAAAUAUCCUGAGGCUGAUUCGGGAACUCGCUGAGUACGAGAAACUCUCAGACCAGGUGAAGAUCAGUGAAGAAGCCCUGAGAGCAGAUGGCUUUGGAGAGAAUCCUUUCUAUCACUGUUUGGUAGCAGAGAUUCUUCCUGCGCCCGGGGAGCCACAGGGGCCCUGUGUGGUGGGCUAUGGGCUAUACUACUUCAUCUACAGCACAUGGAAGGGACGAAACAUUUAUCUGGAAGACAUCUACGUGAAGCCAGAGUAUCGGGGUCAGGGGAUUGGCUCCAAAAUAAUCAAAAAAGUGGCUGAGGUGGCCCUGGAUAAGGGCUGCUCCCAGCUCCGCCUGGCAGUCCUAGACUGGAACAAGGGGGCUAUGAACUUGUAUAAGGCCCUAGGAGCCCAAGAUCUGACGGAAGCUGAAGGUUGGCACUGCUUUCGCUUUGAAGGAGAGGCGAUGAGGGAGUUGGCAGGAAAGUGACGCCAUCCCUUGGGGAUCUCUAUUUCAGCUUCUUCAUCCCCACCAGCUCAAGCAGUCCUCAGAGACUGCCUCCACGGACCAAGGCCUCCCUGAAGGAAGGGAAGGAGAGUUGGAAGUGAAUACUCCCAGACGGAAAGAACAGAGGUGAGGAAGAGGCAAGGCUUCCCACCUCCUUGUUAAGGGUGAAAAAUAAACAAGAAUUCCCAUGUGUUGAUGUGGUGUUGGGUGGAGGAAUUGAGGAUGUGACAAGCUUCAGCUAUUACGACCCUUCCUCAGUGUUUUCUGGUCAGUGGAUGUUGCUCCUGGGGAUAAAAGUGGGCCUAAGAUGACUUUCACCCACAAUGGACCAGAGUAUUGACUCUGGCCUCUACCAUACAUAUCAGGCUUGUUGGUCGGGUUUGGGACCCAGACAAAGGCCUCCAGUGUCUGGACUGGGCUGUGUAGAAUCCGAGACUGAGGCAGGCCCACCGACUCAACAGAUGGAGCAGGCUGCCACCUGGUGGUGGCAUUUUAGGGACACUGGGAAGGACCACUGGCCCCAACUUUUCAAAAAAUCCGCUCAGCUAGCGAGUGCUUUUUCUUUUUCAAAAGUCACAAAGCCUUUAUUUUCAGUUCAGCAGAACCAAAACAAACCUUUAGGACGCGUGGAGACAAGAAGGGAAACAGGUUCAUUUCCUACUUUCAUCAUAUUUCGUAAUGCAGGUUUGUUGCAGAGAAGUUUGAAGGGACAUAUAAAAAUAAAAUCCAUAGCCUUACUUACA